UAACUAUCUAUGCCGAAGUUAUUCUCCAUAUAGGCCAAUAAAAUGAUGAACAAUUUCUAAAAAUAACUUCUAAGGAAGAUUUCGUCGAAUCGAAAGAGAAAGUUGGCUGUGUAGUUUGUACAGUCGUUUUAUUUUUUCGUUGGAAACAUUGAAACAUAAAUGUCAUUGCCCGAUUCAUUGUGCAGUUUUCGUGAAUAAUAUAUUUUUAAAUCAUGGCUUGUGCUGAAUAUCCAACAUUCUGUGAAAUCUGCAAGAAGGGGCCUUUUGCCGGUGUCAUUCCAGCACAGCAGCAUUUUAGGAGUCAGGCUCACAUAUCCAAGAAAAGUCAACAAACGCCUCCCAUUCAGCAGACACAGACCUAUGUUUCCGCAUGUAACGCUUGUGGAAAGAAGUUCAACAAUGAACUGAGUGCUGAACAACAUUUUGCAAGUGAAAACCAUAAAAAGAAAGAAGCACUUCUGCAAAAAUCUACGGCACAGAAUUAUAACAGUUCUAACUCUGCAACAUCUGACAUGGAACUUGAUUCACCUUCACUAGAACUGUCACUGUAUCCUAGUGAAAAUUUGGUCAACAUUCAGCCAAAAACCAGGGAACAAACUGCAUUUUCACAAAACCCCGUGAAAUAUCAAAGACGGACUGAAUAUGUAUUUGAUGAGAAUGAUUGCAGAGGUUUCUGUAAUGUAUGCAACAUUGACCUUACAUCACGUCAGCAUGCAAAUCAGCACCUUAGUGGGCAGAAACAUCUUAAGGCAAAACAAAUCUGGAAUAACAAUAUUCAAGGAGAGAAAACCCUCUCCUGUUUAAACGCCACUCCAAGCAGCCCUGGUCAACAAAACAAACCAGACUGUCAGUCUAGCAGAGGUCCACCUGAAGAGUAUUCAUUUGAUGGAAACCAAGGUUACUGUCAUGUGUGCAAAAUUGAGCUCACUUCCAUGCAACAUGCACAACAACAUAUAAAUGGAAAGCCUCAUGCCAAAGCAAAAGCUGCUCAAAACCUGGGCAUCAACCAAAUAAAUCCAGAUAUCGGUAAGCUCUCACCAACUUCUAAUAGAACUGUUGGCCAGAAUCAUGAGUAUGACUUCUCAGGAGGAAGAGGAUAUUGUCACCUUUGUAAAAUUGAACUGACUUCCAAAGCCCAUGCAGAACAGCAUUUGUCUGGUAAAAGUCAUGAAAAGGCUAAAAUGAAAGGCAACAUUGGCAUUCCAAGCUCAUUACCAUUAACUUGUGAGAUCUGUGUGAAAACGUUCUCUGGACCAGAGUGUGCUUCCCAGCAUUUCAGUAGUGUAAAACAUCGCCAGAGAGAGGCUCUGAGUCAGUCUCAGAAGCCUAAUUCUCCUAUACUGAACCAGACAAUACCAGGCAUUGUAGCUCCUUCUAAUGACAGAACACAUUGGGAGCUUUGUGAGGUGUGCAAUGUUCGAUUAAAUUCCCUUGAGCAACUUAACAUCCAUAAAAACAGUCCCAAGCAUAAAGCUGAGGAAGAGAAACAAGCCAGAAUGGGAAACAAAGUAGAAGUCACGAAAACUCCAGAAUUCAAAAUGCAUGCCAUUAGCCCCAGGGUGCAAGUUCAAGACACUGGUUUCUGUCCAGUGAAUCCAAGAGUAAACUUUGCCGAUCAGACCAAGGGAAACGUUGAGAUACCUUUAGCUAGUUCUUUUGGACCACAGUCAUUUUUGUCCAAUCAGCCAGGGAUGUUUGCACAAGAGCAAAGGGUAGAGGAGGUGGAGGACUUAAAACUUGCCACUCUACCAUCUCUCAAUCCUUCUUCCAUGUUAAAUGAUACAGGACAACCUUCAAAUUUGAAGGAAGAUAACAUUGAUGAAACUCUGCCUAAAGAAGUAAAAUUUGAAAAGCCAGACAUUCCAGCAGACAUUGAUGAAGAAAAAAAUUUCAAAGAAAAAUAUGUAGAAAAGGAGUUGGAAAAGGAAUUGAUCAAUGAAAAGAUAAACACUUCCUCUUCUUCUCUGUCAAGUUUGGAAAUGCCAGCUCUUGAAAAAAGUGAUGUAAGAACAGGAAUGAAAUCUAACAGAGACACAGCUAUGAAAAAUGAUAAAGACUUAAAAAAUCUUCAAAGGCAGAUGGCUGAUAAACCAAGAGCCCCAGGUUCAUAUCCAUAUGAAAGUAAACAACCAUCAUAUUACAAAGGUGAAUCCAAAUUGCCAUCGGAUGAAAAAUCAUACUCAUCCAUUGGAAACUUAAAUCAAAUCUCAUCUCAACAGAAUGUCACAAAUAGUGGAAUUUCAAAUCUCUGUAAAAAAGAAACAGGGCACCAACUGAGUACAUCUAGAGACUCAUCCAGCACAGAAGGUUCGCCAGGGAAUAGUGCUGAAAGAGAUUUAAAGGUCAAUUCUGGGAUGAGCAGGGAAUGUGGAAUACAAAGUAACACCACUCCAAAAGCUCAGAAUUCUAGAUCCAGUGGAUCAGCUCUGGUGACCCGUGUACCUACCACAAGGUCAGGAGGGAGAGCACGGAGUGAGGGGACUGCUGUGCCUCUGUAUGGUUCAUCGGAUUCCUCAGAUGAGUCCGACACCGAGGAAGAGGAAGAUGGGAAAUUUUUUCCCUGCACUAGCUCGGAUGUCAAUAAAAAGUUACAAGAGCUGGGUGUCAGUGAUUCAUCAAAUACCCCAGCUAAUUACACACCUGUAGCUAUGAACAACAAGGUUGUAAACCCGUACAGAGCCACACACAAGUAUUACUGUCAUACCUGCCAGCGCCCAAUGAAUUCCAAAAAAGCAUUGAAGGACCACAUGGAGGGCCGGGGACACAUGCAGAAAGUCGCAGUCCUGGCUGCAGUGCAGAGAAGUCAUAGACCCAUUGUGAAGGAAGUUUUAGACCAAGGGAAAACUGACUGUAAUCUGACGGCAUUGACUCCCAGGUCAUAUCAGAGGGAACUGUAUGGGAGAGCGAUGGAGGGUGACAGAGUUGUCUUUCUUCCUACAGGGACUGGGAAGACGUUGAUAGCCUGUAUGGCCAUCAGUGCGAUGUUAGAGCUGAAUCCUACGAGACAAGCCUUGUUUCUGGUGGACAAGGUUCUGCUGGUCAUCCAACAGUCCCGUAACCUGAUUUCACAGCUUGGUGACCGUCUAUAUACCAGGUUUGACCCAGAGAAUCCUUCAAAACUCAUGGAACGGAAGUUAAAAAUAGCUGCUUUGUGUGGCGGGCAGCAGUCCACAGAUGGUGUCCCAAUUUGGCAACAUGACCUAAUUGUAGUAACUGCAGCUUAUUGUGAACAGCUAAUUAUGAGGAAUGUUCUGAGAUGGGAGGACUUGUGUAUUGUUGUGUUAGAUGAGGCCCACCACUGUGUAAAGAGUCACCCCUUCAAAAAACAGCUGGAGAAUAACCAUUUAACAAUGUCUGUAGCUGAAAGACCCAAAAUCCUGGGGCUGACAGCAUCACCUGCUGGAAAGAAGACAUUUCCAAUGACCGUCAACUUACUGAAUGAACUGAUGGAAAGUAUGGGUGGGGCCAAAAUAGCUGUCACCAAAGAGUGCAAAGCGGAACUAGAAAAAUUCCAGUCAAGUGCAGAACUCAUAGUGAACUACAAACCAAUGAGCAUCAAAGAGCAGAAAUUCCAGAAGGAAUUACAACUCUAUCUUCUACAGUGUUACAUAAGGCUCUCUGCAGAAACCAACAUCCUAGAGCAGUGUGAUUUAGAGGUUCUACCAGGUCACUGUAAUAUCUCGGAGGAGAAGAAAAGCAUAGUGGCCAAAAACUUACAUGGAGAUAUCCUGAAUUGCUUGGAAGUCACUCUCAAUAAUGCAGUUCCCAAUGAUCCCUCUGCUGCUAAUAGGAUUAUGGUCCGGAACUUGAUCACCCAUACCAGGAAUAUUUGUAUUGCUCUGAAUACUUUGUUUGAAGCAGGUGUGAAAACAGCUGUAGAGGAGCUAGAUGAACUCAUGGCUCUGGAUCCAAAUCUUAAUUUUAACUUUACUAGAGAUAUAGGUCUGAAACCUGACAACCUUUUGUCUGAGAUUACCACCAUUCAGGAACUAGAGCAGCCAAGUUCUCAUGGACCAUUAGUUGAUGCCAGCCAACAUUCCUCCAGAAUCGUUGCACUGAUUCAGACGUUGUUAAGUGAUAGCCCACAGUACAUUGACUGGUCCCAAGAACACCCUAUGGCGCUAGUCCUAGUCAGAGAGAGGAGCACAGCAAAGAAGAUCAGUGGAAUCUUACAGACGCAGAGGGAAAUAAAUGAUAAGGGCCUCAAAGUCACCCACCUGGUAGGUCAUGGUGGGGGCUCGGGGGACGGGGAGGGGAUGGCUGUGCAGCAACAAAGAAAAAUCCUCCAUGACAUCAAAAGACAUAAGUACCAGAUCGUUAUAGCCACGUCUGUAGCAGAGGAGGGGAUAGAUAUCCCGGAGUGUGAACUAGUGAUAACCAUGAACCUGCCCUCGACAGUCACGGCCCUGGUCCAGAUGAGGGGCCGGGCGCGGAAAGCUAACAGCAAGUUUAUGGUUCUCUGUAACGAUCAACUGGAGAAUGACCAGUUGUCAGAGUUAAUGAAGAAGGAGGAUAAUAUGAUCAAGGCAGCCAACUUUCUGUUUGACAGUCAAAAUAGACCAGGGGCGAAAGAAAACUAAGUCUACUCCCUGAAUAACAGUUAAAGUAGAGAUGAAUUAGAAACUGAAUGUUGUGUUAUACUGUUAUUGUCAUUUUUUUCUGCCAAGGGAAAAAGUAGAGAGGGGUAGUUUUCUUUACAGUAAUUCUUGUCUAGUUUUGACUAACAAAUAGAAAUGCCCUGAUCAUAUAAACUUAUUUUAGUCUUAACCUAUCUGUUUAAGGAUAAGGUUGAAAAGUAUGUACAAAGGCAUGGUCACUCAAGUCUCCAUUGUUGUAGAUUCCCAAUCAAAUUAAACUACUGUA